CUUCAAAUGAAGGAGAAGCAAUUUCGCUCAGUUCUCUACAUCCUCGUUCUGAUUUACAUCAGGCUUUGUCCAAGCAUGGCUAGAGCCAGAGAUGCAGACACCGACAGAGAAGCGCUUGCGGCUUUCAAAUCCGCAAUAUCCGACCCGCGAAAUGCUCUCGCCAGUUGGAAUCUCGGCACAUCUCACUGUAAUUGGACCGGCGUUUCGUGCACGAAGGACGGCGAAAUGAGAGUGAACUCUCUUAUCCUUGCUGAUCUCGGACUCACCGGCAUCCUUCCGUCUCAACUCUCCAACCUCAGCUCUCUUCAGUACCUCGACUUGCAUCAGAACUCAUUCAGCGGUGAAAUUCCGUCGAGUUUUGGACGCCUCACAGCCCUUCGGCGAAUCAUUCUUUACAAUAACUCUAUCAGCGGCUUGAUUCCAGCAAGUCUCUCUCAGUGUCGGAGCCUGGAAGAGAUCAGCUUCGCUUUCAACAACAUAUCCGGCAAACUUCCCGCUGAAUUGGGUAGUCUUACUGAGCUGAAGAUUCUUGAUGUUUCUGUGAAUAAUCUCACAGGCUCAAUCCCGAAAACGUCUGGUAAUCUUUCUGCUCUCACCAGUCUUAGCCUCGCGAGAAACCGUUUGUCCGGCGAGCUGCCAAACGAGCUUGGGAAUCUUCAAAAUCUGGCCGUUCUUCAGCUCUCUGAGAACGUAUUAACUGGCACAAUCCCACCUUGGAUUUUCAACAUUUCGACCCUCGAAUUCAUUAGCCUUACACAGAACAAGCUUGCUGGAACAUUGCCUUCUAGUGUAAACGUCUCACUAGCAAACCUGGAACAGCUCUAUUUGGCAGAAAAUAUGAUUGAGGGAUUGCUACCAAAUUAUUUGUUCAACAGUUCACAAAUUCAAGAACUCGAUUUCUCUUCCAAUCAAUUUCAUGGGUCCAUUCCUUCACUUGGUAAUAUGAAAAGCCUGAAAAGUUUGCAUCUCGGCUACAACAAUCUGUCAUCUACCACCGAUCUCAACCUUCAGACCUUCCGUUCACUCGUCAAUUGCACCAAGUUAGAGAUUCUCUACCUAAACAGCAACCAACUAGCCAGCGAACUUCCUAGCUCGAUCGGAAACUUGUCAGUGCACCUGCAAGAGUUUUGCAUCGACGGUAAUCAUCUAACCAAAGAAUUUCCUGAUGUCCUCGACAGGUUUCAGAACCUCACAGCCCUGUCGAUCCACGAGAACCGGUUCACUGGAAAAUUCCCAAGCACCGUGGGAAGGGUGCACUGGCUACGAAGACUCCAAGCGCAUGGAAAUAACUUCUACGGUGAAAUCCCAGAUUCCUUUGGCAAUCUCACUCAGUUAUACCAUCUGACAAUGGGAUUUAAUGAGUUCUCUGGUAGAUUUCCUUCAAGCAUUGGAAAUUCCAAGCAAUUGAAAGUACUGGGGUUGGCAUCCAAUAGCCUCAGCGGAAACAUUCCAGAGGAGAUUUUCAGGCUUCCCAACUUGAGAGAUGUGCGAUUGGCCAAAAACCAAUUGAAUGGUUCUCUCUCUUCUCUGGUGGGAAGAUUGAAACAACUCGAAUUGCUCGAUGUUUCGGAUAAUCAGUUAUCUGGAUCUAUUCCAACGGCUAUUGGGGGAUGCUCGAGUUUGGAUGCUCUCAAAAUGGCUAGGAACAACCUAAGCGGGCAAAUACCGAGUCAAAUUGGCGACUUAUCUGCCCUGCGGAGUUUGGAUCUCUCGUGGAACAAUCUCUCCGGUUCAAUCCCCGUAGAAUUAGGAGAUCUUCAGAUUCUGCAGAGUCUGAAUCUGUCUUUCAAUCAUUUAGAAGGGCAAGUUCCUGGGAAUGGUGCCUUUGUUAAUCUAACCUGGGAUAAACUCCAGGGGAAUAAUGAGCUUUGCAUGAUCGAUGCCAAAGCCGCACGAAAGCUCGGGAUUAGUACAUGUGAAGCCAUGACGAAGAAAAAGUCCAAUCAGCAUCACCUACUGGCAGUCCUCAUUCCCGUUUCAAUCUCUAUUGUAUUAGCGUGUUGCAUCCUCUGCUUCACAUGGAUAAUUAUCCAAAAGAAGAGGAAAAUAAAAGAAAGAGAGUCAUCAUUCCCACCUCCUCUCAUCAGAGGCUUGCCGAAGAAGGUAUCUUAUGAUGAGCUUCACCGUGCAACUGACGGGUUUGCUCAAGAAAACUUAAUUGGGAAGGGCGGGUUUGGCUCGGUGUACAAAGCUGUGUUCAUGUGGAGGAACGAUGGCUCUUGCAUUUGCCGUGCUGUCAAGGUCAUAGAUCUUGAGCAAAGCAAGGCUUCCAGGAGCUUCAACAUGGAAUGCAAAGCCCUCAAAUUCAUCAGGCAUCGGAACCUCGUGAAAGUCAUCACUUCCUGCUCGAGCAUCGACAACACGGGGCACGAGUUCAAAGCGCUGGUGAUGGAGUACAUGCCUAAGGGUAAUUUGGAGAAGUGGCUGUACCCGGAAGAUGUAGAGCGUGAUGGCUCGAGCUUGAGCCUGAUGCAGAGGCUCAAUGUUGCUAUCGACGUUGCUUCUGCGAUGGAUUACCUGCAUCACGACUGCAACCCUCCUGUGGUCCACUGCGAUCUGAAGCCGGGGAAUGUCCUUUUGGAUGACAACAUGGUUGCACACGUUGGGGACUUUGGAUUGGCUAGGUUUCUUCAUCAAAUUCAACAGGAAACAGGACAUAGCACAAUAGGCCUGCAAGGUUCAAUUGGUUACAUUCCUCCAGAGUAUGGAAUGGGAAGCAGGGCAUCACCAAGUGGAGACGUCUACAGUUUCGGCAUUCUCCUGCUCGAGAUGCUUGUCUUGAAGAAACCGACUGACCAAAUGUUCGAGGAAGGCCUGAACCUGAGAAUUUUCGUGUCGGCAUUGGACAAUGGGGGUCACAAAGUCCUCGACAUCGCUGAUCCAAGGCUUUUCGCGAACAACGAGACUUCCAAUUCGACGGGUAGCGAUGUCUCCUCAAGCAGCUUCCUGGCGUCUCCGGACAACCUCAGCUUAGGAGGCAGCACGAAUCCAAGGAACAGCUGGUUAAUGAGGUGCGAAGAAUGUGUCGCUGCGUUGAUCAGGUUAGGCCUGUCCUGUGCGGCGCCAUCCGCCAAGGAUCGUCCGAGCAUGAGAGAGGCCUUGGCGAGAUUGCGCGAGAUCAAGAGAGGUUUCCCGGCUCAAUUGAAGCCACCUGAUCAUGCAUAAGAAUUUUGAGUACCUGCGCGCAAUAUUUAGUACUAGCUCAAUUGUCGAAGUCACGUCUGUCGUUUAUGUCU